ACUUAAAUGACCGCGUGCUACGUAUGCGGCCCCACAACUAGUCAUUAGAAAAUGUUAGCAACGAGCUUCGGCAUUAUCGAAGUUUCUCCUCAAACUGUGUUGAUUUCUUUCCUUCAUUUCAUCUUUCUUAUACUCGCUUAGUUUACCCCAAAAAAUCUUUGUUUUCCCCUGCCUUGUAUUGCUUAUUUUGUUUACCUAUCAACAUCACAGCAUAGAAGAAUGUCUACCUUGUCAAAUUCUCUGAUCUUGGCUCCUAACUCCCCUUCUCAGCUUUCUUCUGGCUCUUCUUUCAAGCAGUCAAAUCUUGGAUUCUUAUGCCCCACCAACUUGAGCUUAUCUCCAGUUCGUACGAAAAAGGCUUCACAAAAGCCUCUCCUACUUCAAGCUGCUUACAGUGAUGGAGGAAGGCCCACCAGUGCAAGCCUUUUUGUUAGUGGCUUUGUUUUGGGUGGACUACUAGUUGGUACCCUUGGAUGUGUAUAUGCACCACAGAUAAGUAAGGCUCUUGCUGGAGCUGAUAAAAAGGAUUUGAUGAGGAAAUUACCAAAGUUUAUUUACGACGAAGAAAAAGCUUUGGAGAAAACAAGGAAAAUUUUAACGGAGAAAAUUGAGCAGUUAAACUCUGCUAUUGAUGAUGUAUCUUCUCAGCUACGGUCUGAAGGUUCCCCUAACGGAGCAGCUGUCAACUCCGAUGAACUUGAAGCUACCGUUUGAAAUUAGUCUGUCAAAAGAAGUACAUCCACGUGUAUGUCGAAUGAUAGCUGGACCAAGUUGUCAAAUUUUCAUCUCAAUUACUAUACAAAUGCCAACAUAGCAUUUUCUUA